UCUUUCUCUGACAUUUUACGUCGACAUUUUGGAUUAUUUGUUUUGUUGAUCGCAGUGAAGACUCAUUGACGAUUUGAACAGUCUGGAACGAAUAUUUUCUCGCGUUAAUCCUGGUAAUAUCAAUAUCUAACAAUGGCACUUGCUCUACAAAAACGGAAUAACAUUCGACUACCACCAGAAGUGAAUCGAGUCCUUUACAUUCGUAACCUGCCCUACAAAAUAACAUCCGAUGAAAUUUAUGACAUCGUUGGCAAAUAUGGAGCAAUACGACAAAUAAGAGUUGGAAAUACACCCGAAACUCGCGGAACAGCGUUUGUCGUCUACGAGGACAUAUUCGAUGCGAAAAAUGCUUGCGAUCAUCUAUCCGGCUUUAAUGUGUGCAACCGCUAUCUGGUCGUUUUGUACUAUCAAUCGAACAAGGCCUUCAAGAAAUUGGACGUGGACAAGAAACAGGAAGAAUUGAACAACAUCAAGAGCAAAUACAACAUCAGCACAGAGGAUUUGAAGAAAUGAACGAGUGAUUUAUGGAACUGUAAUUACAAGUCGAAUAAAAGUAAUAAAUUGAACAAUGGGCCCACAAAACAA